UUUACUAGGAUUUCUCUCGUGGGUUUACCGAAACUGUGAGGAGAAAAGAGAAAUCAAUGGAGUUCGUGCUGAAAUGCUGAUCGGACGCGGAGCCUGCUCAUGUGAUUGUUGGAGAAAGACUGGACAGAAACGUUAUCUUAUUUUUCCUUUUGUUUGCUCGUUGACGAGUGAAACGGCCAUUAUUUUUGGGCCACAACGAACACAAGCAUCUCAUCAGGCCUGCUACGGUAUUUAGUUUUAUAAUAAUUUUACUUGCCGGCUUUAGAUUGCAUUAAGGUGUGUGUGGGCCCACAAAGUAUGUUGUUUUAAGUGAUUUUGAAGUUGAUUCAUCGAGGUUUUCUGAAUUAAUCCUAUUGAAGGUUAAUAGGGUUUAAAGUGUUGUCUGUGCAUUUAUAUAUAGUACAGUUUUGACAGUAUCUUCCUUUUAAAAAGAGGGACAUUUUAUGUUGAAGGUUUAAAAAAGAACAAUCAUAUCCUUAUUUCAUUGUUUUAUUUUAUUGGAGAUAAUAAUUUCUUUAUUGAGUAAAUAAUUAAUAUAUAUUUUCCUAAAACCUUGUGUUGUGUUACUUUAUUACUUAUCUGGAAAGAGGUUAUCAUUUGGUUCGAGGAGAGGAAUAUACAGACACAUGGUUAAAAAUCUUUAUUAAAACUAUAACUUAAGAACGGUGAAUUCAUAAGUAGGUUAUAAAACCAUUUCAGGGGUAUACUAUAACAGAGAGAUCCAAGAUAACAUUAAAAACUGAGUUAAUCAGGGUUAAAACACAUUCGAUAAAUACCUUAAAAGAACCCAAAAGCCCUGCCCUCAACAAUAUCCAGACUGAGGGAAGCGCUACAUAAAAUGGAGGCACCGCUGGGAUAGUCUUGGAUUUUUCAGUAGAGAAGAAAAUAAUAAUAUAGAGUUACAAGGUAAAGUUACUAAGCUAAUUUACAAAUAGUAUUAACAUGGAAAAAACUGAACUAGUGUCAGAGUUAAAACGCUGGUGCCGUGGUGAGGGUUUGGAUGAGACGCAUGCCUUUAUGACCAUUGUCCCAGAAGAUGUAGAGAUCAGUGAAGUGGAAGAAACGCUGGAAACUAUCAAGUCUUUAGGACGGGUGCGUGUCCGGGGGAGAAACUUCAGUGCAAGACUAAACCGACGGAUGGUUUUGUGUGAGAGUAAAGAGACCGUGCGAGAGGAGAGUGUUCCUUCUGAAGUUGUGCCUAUUGAUGGUGGAGAGGCGUGGCCUGUAAUCAUUUUAGGAGGGGCACAGGCAGCUGCUGAAGAGUUUAAUAGCAAACUAAAAGGGUUGUUGCAGGCUGAAGGGAAAACCAUGGAGGAUCUCAAAUCAUUAUUCCCCAGUACACCCCCACCCACUAGCUCCACUGAAUCCAUCCUUCGCGCUGUCGGAGAUUUGUUGGAAAAGACAACCAAACCAGCUGAUGGUGGGAGUUAUGGUCGACUACGCAUGUUCUCGGGAGCCCUACCAACGCCGCCAGGUGAGGAACCAUUUGAUAAUUGGCUAGAGCAGGCAUCGCUUAUGGUGGAGGAAACUGAAUGCUCGGAUAGGGAAAAAAGACGCAGAAUUAUUGGAAGUUUAAAAGGGCCCGCACUAGAAAUUGUGAAAGCAGUGCGGCACGCUGAUCCUGACGCCAGCCCAAAAGAGUGCUUAGAAGCCCUUGAAAGUGCUUUUGGAAGUGCUGAGUCUGGAGAUGAUCUCUAUUUUGCUUUCCGAUUGAUGCAACAGCAAAAAGGAGAGAAACUAUCAGAUUUCCUUCGACGUCUAGAGAGGUCUCUAGUUAAAGUGAUUCAAAGAGGUGGCCUCCCUGCUAGCGGCAAGGAUCAAGCCCGACUGGAGCAACUGCUGAGGGGUGCUAUCGCCUCAGACCUGAUGCUGAUCCAGCUGCGGUUGAGAGAAAGGAGGGCUGCACCCCCAAACUUUCUACAGCUGUUGACUGAGAUUCGUGCUGAGGAAGAGUACGAAACUUCUAGAAAGAAACUCAGUGCCUCGGUACAUCAAGUGCAUGCUAAUACAGAAGUGGAUAACAGGCAAGCUGAGAUUCAAAAAUUAAAGGCUGAAAUAAAAGAGCUAAAGUCAAUGGUUGCAGCAGUAGUGACCAAAACCACUCAUGACAAAGAUGAUUACAUGGAGUUUAAAUCCAGUAGUGCACCGCCUGGUGUUGAGAACCGGCAAGAUGCCGAGCUGGCUGCCUUAAAAAAACAACUGAAACGAUUAAAACAGAAAACUAGCAACAAGAUGCCUGAGCAAGAUGCUGCAGUUACUGUUUCAACCAUGGAGGCUUCUAAACAGGUCCCCAAAACCCCCAAAGGAGCACCGAAAAGCUCAGAAGAGAAUUUCUGCUAUAGGUGUGGGGAGAGCGGACAUUUUGCCACAAAGUGCCGAAACCCUGAGAAUCAAGCCAAGGUUAUCAGAAAGCUAAUUCAUGCUUUGAAGGUGACAAAAGACAGACAGCAGACUGGGGAUGCCACCCCCAAUGAAGUUAAUUGUGGGGUCAAGAAAAGUGCUGUUACUUUAUCAGAGCGGGCUGACAUCCCCGAAGGCUUGAUUGGACCACCUAGUGUAGUAUCUGUGAAAGUAAAUGGACAUGGCUGUGAUGCCUUAUUUGAUAGUGGCUCUCAGGUCACCAUUAUUUUUGAGUCUUGGUAUCAAGCUUACCUGUCUGAUGUUCCAAUACGUCCCGUGUCUGGUUUAGCCCUGUGGGGACUAAGUGAAUCUGAGAUCAGUUAUCCAUACCGUGGGUAUGUAGUGGUCGACAUUGAAUAUCCGGCAAAGGUUGCAGGUGCAGACCAGACGGUGACAGUUCUCGCUCUUAUCUGCCCCCAGCCCCGAACUGCAGACCAGACUCCUAUCAUAGUAGGGACCAAUGCCAGUCACAUCCGACGACUUGUACAGCAGUGUAAGGACAAUGGCAUUGACAUCACCAAGACAUGGGGAAUAAAAGCCUGUUACAGCGACAACCAGUUAACAGCGCUUGGCACGGCCGCAGCCCUGGAAGAGGAGGGUGAUAUUGGCUGUGUGUUAUGGCAAGGCCCUGGCCCAUUGACUCUGCCCCCUGGUGGUGACUGUACUGCAGUCUGCAAAGUCGAGUACAAGCUCCAGGUUGACAAAGAAAUCCUGAUGGUUGACUCGUCUCCUGUAGCUCCACUCCCAGCAGGUGUGCUACUUCAACCCACGGUGGUGCCCAGCGAAGAGGUGAAUGUCAACCAUUUCAGAAUCUUGGUCCAGAAUGAGUCUUUGUCAGAGACAGUUAUACCAGUGGGAACAGUUAUCGGACAUAUGUAUCUGACAGAUGCAGUCACUUCUCUCUCUCCCUCCAAAACAGCUGACACCGAGUUUGAUGUGAACCAGAUUAACUUCGGAGACUCACCUGUCUCAGAGGAGUGGAAGGAGAGACUCCGUCAAAAGCUAUCCACAAGGUCCCAGGUGUUCUCUUUACAAGAAUGGGAUGUUGGAUUGGCGAAGGGAGUAGAACACACAAUCCGGUUGUCAGAUUCACGGCCGUUCAGGGAGCGCUCUCGUCGUCUGGCUCCAGCUGACCUGGAAGACGUGAGAAAGCACCUCCAUGAACUGUUGCGUGCAGGGAUCAUCAAGGAGUCUCGUAGUCCCUAUGCAUCCCCAAUCGUGAUUGUUCGCAAAAAGAAUGGAGCUGUGAGAAUGUGUAUUGACUACCGAUUGUUAAAUAGCCGAACAAUCCCAGAUCAGUACACAACACCUUGUAUUGAUGAUGUGUUGCAUUCAAUGACCGGAAGCAAGUGGUUCUCCGUUCUGGAUCUGCGGAGCGGUUAUUACCAAAUUGCCAUGGCCGAGGAAGAUAAGGAAAAGACGGCAUUCAUCUGCCCACUGGGGUUCUUUCAAUUUGAGAGGAUGCCGCAGGGGAUAACUGGAGCCCCAGCCACCUUUCAAAGAUUAAUGGAGAAGGCUGUGGGUGAUAUGAAUCUGCUCGAAGUCCUUGUCUACCUCGAUGACCUGAUAGUAUUUGGCCGAACGUUAGAAGAGCAUGAAGAAAGACUUUUAAAAGUCCUUGAUCGUCUGGCAGAGGUUGGGUUGAAAAUCUCAUUCGACAAAUGUCAAUUCUGUCUCCCAAAGGUAAAAUACCUUGGACAUAUUGUGUCGGCCAAUGGAGUAUCACCUGACCCAGCCAAGGUGGAGGCAGUUACAAGUUGGCCACAGCCUACGCACCUGAAGGCUCUUCAAUCCUUCUUGGGAUUUUGUGGAUAUUACCGGCGUUUCAUCGCCAACUAUGCAGCCAUCGUCAGGCCAUUGUCUGAGCUCACCAAAGGCUAUGCUCCAACCCAGCGGGGCAAGAAGUCUGAGAAAGACAACACUAAGACUUACCUUAAAGAGUCUGAGCCCUUUGGUGAAAGAUGGGACCAGUCCUGCACCGAGGCUUUUCACAAGAUUAUCCGCUGCCUUACGCAUGCACCUGUGUUGGCCUUUGCGGAUCCCAACAAGCCCUAUGUCCUGCAUGUGGACGCCAGUUUGAGAGGGCUGGGCGCCGUCCUAUAUCAGGAACACAGUGAGGGUCUGAGACCAGUCGCCUUCGCCAGCAGGAAGCUAAAGACAUCUGAGAGGAAUUACCCCGUUCACCAGUUGGAGUUUCUGUCCCUUAAGUGGGCAGUUGUGGAUAAGUUCCAUGAUUAUUUGUAUGGAGUCAGAUUUACGGUACGUACGGACAAUAACCCGCUUACGUACGUGUUAUCGACCGCCAAGCUCAGUGCUGUGGGGCACAGAUGGCUCUCUGCUUUAUCCACAUAUGACUUUGAUGUCCAGUACCGACCAGGCAAACAUAACAUAGACGCUGACCUGCUCUCAAGGAAUAUGCCUGAUGAGAGUUCAGAGGAAUGGGAGACCAUACCACAGUCUGGUGUGAGAUCUAUCUGCAAACGAAUCUGCAUCCCUGGUUCAGCGGUCAGUCCACCAAGGUAUGUAGAUCAGUUGGGGGCUUCACCAAAAUGUGUGCCUGAUAGUUAUGCAUUUCCAACUCACCUGGAAUUGAAAUCAUUGGGGCAGAUGUCAAAACAGGAGUUGAUUGAAGCUCAGGAGGAUGAUGCAGCCAUCCGAUCUGUCAUACAAGCUGUUAAACAUGGCAAAUGGCCGGAAGAGAAUGGAUCCUGUUUAGAGCGCUCUCGGUUUAAAAAAGAGAUGGGGAAACUGAUGAUGAAAGAUGGGCUACUCCAUCGUUUAAGUAAGCGACCCUCCGGGGAAGAACUCACUCAACUUGUCUUGCCAAGCAAGUUCAAAGAAGUGGUGUUAAAGGCCACCCAUGAUGAUCUCGGACACCUGGGUAUUGAAAGAACGGCAGACUUGUUGAGGAGCAGGUUUUUUUGGCCAAAAUUGGCAUGCGAUGUUGAGCAGUACAUAAAGAACUGUGGAGAAUGUGUCACUCGGAAAACCCCCUGUCAUAGGGUAGCGCCUUUACAUCACAUUUCAAGCAAUGGACCGAUGGAUCUGGUAUGCAUCGAUUUUCUGUCCAUGGAGCCAGAUUCUGCGGGUAUCAGCAAUGUGUUAGUGGUCACGGAUCAUUUCACCCGCUAUGCGCAGGCUUUCCCAUCUAGAAAUCAGAAAGCGCAGACGGUGGCAAAGAUCCUGGUGGACAAGUAUUUCCUGCAUUAUGGUUUGCCAGCCAGAAUCCACUCAGACCAGGGAAGAGACUUUGAGAGUCAGUUAAUCAAAGAGCUCUUGAAGAUGAUGGGGAUCCGGAAGUCACGGACCACUCCCUAUCACCCGCAGGGAGAUCCGCAGCCUGAGAGGUUCAACAGAACUCUUCUUUCCAUGCUGGGAACUCUGGGCUGUGAGAGGAAACGGCAGUGGAGUAAACAUAUUGGGUACUUGGUUCAUGCGUACAACAGUACCAAAUGCGAUGCUACGGGGUACUCACCCUAUUUCUUAAUGUUUGGCAGAGAAGCAAGGCUUCCUAUAGACUUGUGUUUUGGAACCUCUCCUGAUGGCAAAGCUGAGGGUGGCCAUUCACGCUAUGUAACCAAGCUAAAAGAAGACUUGCAAAGAGCUUACAAGCUUGCCUCUGAGGUGGCCUACAAGACACAUCAGAGGAACAAGAGGUCCUAUGAUAAAAGAGUGGGGUUCCAAACAUUGGAUAUCGGUGACAGAGUGUUGCUAAGGAACUUAGGAUUGAAAGGGAAACAUAAGUUGGAGAGUCGUUGGAGUCCCAUCCCUUAUGUGGUCCUGGGAAAGAUGCCCAACAUUCCAGUGUACAAAGUGAAACCGGAGGACGGAGGAGGAGGAGUCAAAACUCUCCAUCGAGAUCAUCUUUUGCCAAUUGGACAGUUAGUGAGAAUGCCAACAUUGGAGAUGGAGGACAAGUCACAUGUCAAGACAAGAUCAAGAACAAGAGCUGAGACACAACAGAGGUCAAAGAAAGUCUUACCUGAAGAACAGGAAGCUCGUCAAGAGUUGCAGUUUACAGAUUCCUCUUCAGAUGUGGAGUAUUAUGGACCUGGGAAACCCUACAGUGCUUACCUGAAGGAGAUCCUGACAAAAGACAGAGAUGGUGUUGGACAGUCAAAUCUCAUCCAAGAUGAUAGUGAUUAUUCUCAACAGUCAGAUGAAAAUCCUGCUAAGGAUAGUUUGUCAGAGGGAAAUAGUUUGGAGGAGGAACAUCACAGUAUGAGUGAAGAGGAUGGAGAUCAAGAUUCAGUUCCUGAGGAAGAAAGUGAUCCAGAGACUGAUAACCCUUGCCACGAUAAGCAUCCAGAGACAGUCACUAAGACAAAAGUGAUUAGCAAACCUGAAAACCGUCCAAAGAGGAUGGUGAAACCAGUUAUCAGGUUAACUUACGAUGAGCCUGGUAAGCCAAAAGAUCAGCCUCUCACUAUUGUGCAUAGAGGUGUUAUCAUUAAGAUUGGCAAGAGUUAAUUUAAACUAGUUAUGCGCCUUUUCCACUAGUACAAUUUAAAAAAAAAAAAGGGGCAGAAUUCAUUAUGUUUGAUGAGGACAUCAAAAACCUUUAGAAGGGGGAGAGUGUAACCCGGUUAAAAAAUCAUGAGGUGAUAAGUGAUGAUUGUAGUAGGCCUAUCAUUUAAUUAUCAGAUCAUAUAAGUAGUGUGAUUAAAAAGGUUGAAAUUCAUUAAAAAAGUUAUUGUAAAAAUGUUAAAAGCUGUUUAAAAAUUAUUAUGUUUAUUGUUUUAUGGUAAAAGAUAAUGUAUUUCUGAAAACUGUCCAAACCAGCAUUUAUGUGGUUAAUAACGAUUGGGCGGAGAGUCAGAGCUCGCGGGUUUGUUUUGAGCACUGACAGGGAA